CCACAGGAGGCUUGAUUUUGACGCCUUCGACGCCUUCGAGUCAUCACACCAAAAGGAGACUUAUCAGAAACCCAGUAUAGUCAGGUACAAUACAGAUCGCGCUUUCCCCCUACUACCCCCCUAAUUAUGCGAUCAAUGAUAACAAUCCAUGUACCUACCUCAAUAGCUAUGUAGGUAGGAGGUACGUAAGGUAACAUAUCGUUCAUUGUAGAGUCCGAACUCCGAUUAUAACAUUUUCAAGGUCCUCCGGGCUCCGAUGUGUGUGCUAAGGUUGUCUUCUUUAUUGUCCCUAUCAGCUCUAAACUUCUAUGAUGAUGUAUUAUUAUUGUUUUAUGUCUUGCCUAUUCCCUUUCAGAAGCUAGCCUUUUGAGACAUUUUAGGCAGAUUUCCAACAAUUCCCAACACCUAUGAUGCGGCUAUUAAUACCUUAGGUAUGGAUUUUACUUCCUAUUUAAUUGAUAACUAUUCGUAUUUGAGCCACGUUUUUCCCUUUCUUUCAGGGCGUUUUGAGCCCUUAGAGACCUUCGUCUAAGUCACAUACAAUGGACGGCGACAGACCUACUCCAGCAGAUACGGAUAUUCCUGGUGGGUUCCCUGAGACGCCAUCCUCCAUCCCGCCCAAACGUUUCUCUACAAUCAGUCGAGAGUUUUCACUUGCUGCCAACGGAGGAAGUUCUAUACCUAGUUCUAUACCUGAUACUAGAUCUUUGAAUACCGGUACCGACGCACUUACAUCAGUACAUGGAAAUGGGGUGGACAAUGUGAAUGUUGAUGGUAUUGUUGGCGGGAAUGCUAGAUCGAGUGAUAUUGGUCCAUCCUCAUAUAAGCAAGCCGUUCCAGUGCACCAAGCUCAAUCUGGCCCUGGAGAAACAUCGUCUGAUGAGUCGGACCAAACUGAAGUGGAACCUCGCUUUGAACCUAUCAAGUUCACGGCGGAGCAACCAAAACUCGAGCGAAAUGAGAGUGAGAUCAACACCGAAGAUGAUCUAUUCCGCGCCCUUUCGCGGCGUCGUAGUCUUAACUCCAAUGCCGAAUCGCAAGGAGAGGAUGACGAGGUCGAGCGACUGAUGUCCCGUAUGUUUGGCCAAGCUCGACAGCAACAUAGCGAGGAAGAAAAGACGAGACACGCUGGUGUUAUCUUCCGGAAUCUCACAGUAAAGGGUGUCGGCCUUGGUGCUAGCUUACAACCCACCGUUGGCGAUAUAUUUCUCGGGUUUCCAAGAUUCUUAUUGAACCUACUAACCAAAGGACCCAAGGCUGCCACCGGUAAACCACCCGUAAGAGAGUUAAUCAGUAACUUCAACGGCUGUGUCCGACCUGGAGAAAUACUGCUCGUCCUCGGGAGGCCGGGGUCUGGUUGUACGACGUUCUUGAAAUCAUUCUGUAACCAGCGAGCAGGAUUUGAAGAUGUUUUGGGUGAUGUAACUUACGGCGGAACGGAUGCAAAGCGUAUGGCCAAGGAUUUCAGGGGCGAAAUCAUUUACAACCCGGAAGACGAUUUACACUAUGCUACUCUAACGGUCAAGGAUACCCUCACCUUUGCUCUCCAGACCCGUACUCCUGGGAAGGAAUCACGGAUGGAGGGUGAAAGCAGAGAAGACUAUGUGAGGGAAUUUCUUAGAGUCGCCGCGAAGCUGCUUUGGAUUGAGCAUACGAUGGACACUAAAGUCGGUAACGAAUACAUCAGGGGCGUUUCUGGCGGAGAGCGCAAGCGUGUUAGUAUUGCGGAGGCACUCAUUACUCGGGCCAGCGUUCAAGGGUGGGACAACUCGAGUAAGGGUUUGGAUGCAUCAACUGCUGUCGAGUAUGUCCAAUCAUUGCGAGCACUUACGAACAUGGCCCAGGUGUCCACUGCUGUCUCGCUAUACCAAGCCGGCGAAUCUCUGUAUAACCUUGUCGAUAAAGUCUUGUUGAUUGAUAAGGGGCAAUGCUUAUAUUAUGGAGCGUCCGACCGCGCCAAGCAGUACUUUUUGGAUCUUGGGUUUGACUGUCCUGAACGAUGGACUACCGCCGACUUUCUUACGUCUGUUACCGACUCCCAUGAGCGUAGUGUCAGGCCGGGGUGGGAAGAUCGUAUUCCGAGAUCAGCCGAAGAGUUUGCCGAGAUUUACAAGAAAAGUGAAGCUUACCAGCGUAAUCUUGAUGACAUUAACGAUUAUGAAGCUCAUCUCGAAGAGCAGCGCCGUGCUCGGGCGGAGAAUACGUCGAAAAAAAACAAGAGGAAGAACUACACGAUAUCAUAUCACCAACAAGUAAUUGCUCUCACAAAACGUCAAGCUCUAGUUAUGUUGGGAGACAGAGCGUCCCUCAUUGGAAAAUGGGGCGGUAUCGUCUUUCAGAGUCUCAUAGUGGGGAGUCUGUUCUACCACCUCCCACCUACAGCGGCUGGUGCCUUCACACGAGGUGGUGUCUUAUUCUUUAUUCUGAUGUUCAACGCGUUAAUGGCUCUCGCUGAGCAGACUGCGGCGUUCGAGGCUAAACCUAUCUUGCUCAAGCAUAAGAACUUUUCCUUUUAUCGGCCUUCGGCCUAUGCGUUGGCGCAAACUGUUGUGGACAUACCUCUGGUCUUCAUCCAGGUGUUUCUAUUCGAUAUUAUCAUCUACUGGAUGGCAGGCCUCGCUGCCUCGCCAUCUCAGUUCUUCAUCUCGCUACUGAUUCUAUGGUUGAUUACAAUGACGACUUACGCAUUCUUCCGCUCGAUUUCUGCAGUUUUCAAGACUUUGGAUGACGCUACAAAAUUGACCGGUGUCGCAAUCCAGAUUAUAAUCGUGUAUACCGGAUACCUAAUCCCGCCUUCGUCAAUGCAUCCAUGGUUUAGUUGGCUACACUGGGUCAACUGGCUUCAGUAUGGGUUUGAAUGUCUGAUGUCGAAUGAAUUCUACAAUCUGGAAUUGGCUUGUGUACCUCCGUUUCUUGUUCCCAACAACGUUGAAGGUGCCGCACCGGAAUAUCAAUCAUGCACAUUAGCUGGUUCGCAACCUGGAGAAGUAGUUGUCAAUGGUGUAAAUUAUAUCGACGUGGCUUUUAGCUACUCGCGCAGCCACCUUUGGCGAAACUUUGCCUUUUUAUGGGCUUUCUUUGGUUUCUUCCUUGUGGUAUCGAUGAUAGGUAUGGAGAGAAUGAAGCCUAACGCUGGAGGUGCUGCUGUAACUGUUUUCAAGCGAGGACAGGUCCCAAAAACCCUCCAGAAAUCCAUCGAGACCGGAGGCCGCAAAGGUAAUAAAGGGGAUGAAGAAGCCGCCAGUUCUAGCGAGAAAGUUAGCAUCCCUGAAGAAGCCUCGGCAGCCGAAGAAAGACGUGAUGAAGAAACUAUGCAGACGGUCGCAAAAAACGAGACGAUAUUCACAUUUCAAAAUGUCAAUUACACAAUUCCGUAUAAGGGUGGAGAGAGGAAGCUAUUACAAAACGUGCAGGGCUUUGUGAGGCCGGGGAAAUUGACAGCCCUUAUGGGAGCUUCUGGAGCUGGAAAAACAACAUUGCUUAAUACUUUGGCUCAGAGAAACACGUUCGGUGUUGUGACGGGAGACUUCUUGGUGGACGGAAGACCCCUCCCAAAGUCAUUCCAGAGAGCCACAGGAUUUGCAGAGCAACUCGACAUCCACGAACCAACUGCAACUGUACGCGAGGCCCUGCAGUUUUCUGCGCUUCUACGUCAACCAAAGGAAGUGCCCACCAAGGAGAAGUACGCUUAUUGCGAAACGAUUAUCGAACUGCUUGAGAUGCAAGACAUCGCCGGAGCAACGAUAGGAGUAGUUGGCGAGGGUCUCAAUGCGGAGCAGCGCAAGAGACUUACUAUCGGCGUUGAACUUGCAUCCAAACCUGAGUUGCUGAUGUUUCUGGAUGAGCCAACAUCCGGUCUCGAUUCAGGGGCAGCAUUUAAUAUCGUUAGAUUUUUACGUAAGCUAGCUGAUGCCGGCCAGGCCAUCCUGUGUACCAUCCACCAGCCUUCCGCCGUACUAUUCGAGAUUUUCGACGAAUUGAUUCUACUCAAGUCUGGUGGUCGCGUGGUAUACGCGGGCGAGCUCGGAAAAGAUAGCCAGAAUUUGAUCGAAUACUUCGAAUCGAAUGGUGGUCCGAAAUGUCCCCCUGAUGCAAAUCCAGCCGAGUGGAUGUUGGAAGUAAUCGGAGCGGGCAAUCCGGAUUACGCAGGUCAGGACUGGGGCGAUACCUGGGCACAAUCUAAGAACUUCGACGAGCAGUCGAAAGAGAUAGCACAAAUGGCUGAGAAGCGCCGCAAUGUUCAACAUUCGAAGAACGUCCAAGAUGACCGCGAAUAUGCCAUGCCUCUAUGGACCCAGACAUCAGCAGUUGUCAAGCGCUCUUUCGUCGCUUAUUGGAGAUCCCCCAAUUACAUCAUGGGGAAGAUGAUUCUGCACAUAUUUACUGGCCUCUUCAAUACCUUCACAUUUUGGCGUCUGGGUGAUGCUAGCAUUGAUAUGCAAUCCCGCUUAUUCUCCAUCUUCAUGACACUGACUAUUUCGCCCCCGCUGAUUCAACAGCUUCAGCCUGUCUUCCUCAACUCACGAAACAUUUUUCAGUCCCGCGAAAAUAACGCAAAGAUUUACUCCUGGGUUGCGUGGACCACAGCUGCGAUACUGGCAGAGAUACCUUACGCGAUCGUUGGAGGUGCCAUCUAUUUCAACUGUUGGUGGUGGGGUCUGAUGGGGUACAAGAUGUUGGGCUUUCCAUCAGGGUUCAGCUUCCUGUGCAUGAUUAUCUUCGAGCUAUACUACGUCAGCUUCGGCCAAGCCAUCGCGUCCUUUAGCCCUAACCAAUUACUAGCAAGUCUAUUCGUUCCCCUCUUUUUCCUUUUUGUUGUGGCUUUCUGUGGUGUAGCCGUACCUCCGGCAUCACUUCCGUACUUCUGGCGGAGCUGGAUGUAUCCGCUCACCCCUUUCCAUUACCUGCUGGAAGCUUUCGUUGCCGUCGCCAUUCACGAACAACCUGUCAAUUGCAAGCAGAGCGAGCUUGCGCGCUUCAGCCCUCCUCCCGGUAUGGACUGCGAGUCGUACGUAGCGAAUUACGUUGCAAAUGCCAGUGGGAAGUUGCAGAGCGUGACGAACGGGCUCUGUGAGUUCUGCCAGUACAAGAACGGAGACGAGUUCGGCACGCAGUUCAGCGUAUCCUACAGCAAUAUCUGGCGAGACUUUGGUAUCGUCUGCGCUUUCAUCGUGUUCAACUACGGCGUGAUCUACUUUUCGACGUACCUACGGUUCAGGGGCAAGAAUCCUAUCAGCGGGUUUUUGGCGAAGAGGAAGCAGAGGAAAGCUUGAGACUGCGGAAUCGCGAGAUUAUUGCAAUACCAUGGCUCGAUGGGGUCUGUGGCGGCGGAUUGCGAGGCAGUGGUCGUUCGGUUGGAUUGCGUUGUUCAAUCGGAAGGGUGUAUUUAAUUAUAGUCGGGUAUAGUCAGUGUAUAGGUCAUAGGUCAUAGGACAUGGGAAAAGGGUAGAAAUAGGUAGUACCUAGACA